AGUCAAGACAGAAUAGUUCAAUGAUUGAAUUGAGUACAGAGCUCUUGUAGAUAAAAUCUGUGAUGUUACGACAGCUUCUCAUUCAAGAUGAUUUUCUUCUUCUAUAUAUGUGUUAUUACAUGCCAACUCUUUUAUGAUCUCCCAAUAAACAACACUCAAAAAACCCUAGGUGAAAAUGAAUAUACCAACCAUUCUGAUGUUGGAUUUAUAAAUCCGAUUGAAGUAUGGUUUCAACAAGUAUGUAACUACUGCUACAAUGAGUGGGAAGCAUCCUAUGUUGAGAAUGCUUCAUUGUACACUACGUUCCUCUUGUUCACAAGAGUCUCCGAUGUGAAAUACACAGUAGUAACUAUCGGUGACCCUGAACUCUUGUAUGAAGCAGGGUUCAACUCUUCUAAAAACACCAAAGUACUGAUUCAUGGCUGGAUGGACAAUGCAACUGUUGAUUUUUCUGAAGAUCUUGAAUACUCAUAUCUGCUUGCUGAGGACUUGAACAUCAUCGCAGUAAAUUGGGCCAGAAUGGCUCAAACAUUUUACCCUCUAUCUCGCAGUGCUGUCUCACCGGUCGGCCGCUACACAGCCAAAUUUGUGGACUUUUUGGCCCUGGAAAUGGGAGUCUCCCCUGCCUCGGUCCACCUCCUCGGUCACAGCCUCGGUGCACACAUAGCUGGAGUUGUUGGGGAGUCAGUCACUUUCGGGAACAUCUCCAGGAUCACAGGUCUGGAUCCGGCUGCCCCUCUAUUUGGAUCUGACCCUAAAGGCAGGCUGGAUCCAACUGAUGCCCAGUUUGUGGAUGUGAUACACUCAGCUGGGGGCUAUAUAGGCUACUACAAUCCUUGCGGCCACAUUGACUUUUACCCCAAUGGUGGAGUUCCAAUUCAGCCAGGGUGUGGGGUAGACAUAGGAUUCUGUUCACACAAAAGAUCCUAUAUGUAUUUUGCUGAAUCAAUCACUAGUCUUGGAUUCAUCUCAAGAGUUUGUGACAGCUGGGAUGACUAUAAACAUAAUCGGUGCAUGAACAAUACAAAAAAUGUGCUGGGUGUGAACAUGUAGACCAGAGGUAAUCUAUCUUCCAGGAUUCAAAUUCAGACACUAAUAAAACAACAGAAUACUAUAUGAAUAGCUUAUAUGUAUAUGCAUGGCAUAAGU